AUGCAUUGGCGGCCGCACAGUCAUGACAUGCCGCAGCUGCGCCGGAAAUGCCCCAAGGUCUGUUUGUCUCCUCCAGCCAUACAUAUUUUACAGAAAUUGAUUAAGCCCUUUCACAGAAGCGCAGUUUGCUCAAGCUGCGAUGGCCGAGGCUUCAACAUCUUCAUUUGCACACACUGCAAUCCAGCCGUUGUGGCAGCUGCCGCUCGAUCUAGUGCUAGUACCACUGCAUCCUCGGCGUCAGAUACAGCAAAUAACACCCCGGGCUCUUCGGCCCCGUCUUCCCCUGGUUCAUUGAGUAGGAGUCCUUCUGUCUCCUACGCCUCGUCUUCACAUGCAGAUCCUAGUUCAAGGGCAUCUCGGUCUUGGAAACGGUAUGGUGAUGGGCGUGAUGGGACGAGUUGUGGACAGGUUGAAAUGAAUACCCGCAAUCUAUGA